GCACGCCGGUUGUGUGAUUUUCUAUUUUAUGCUUGUCGUUUUUUUUUUUUUUGAUAUUUCCUUUUUUUAAAUGGUCUAGUCGUGCGUCAUCAAUCAUAUUGAUAAAUACUCAUGUACACAUAUCAUAUUAUAAAUUACAUAAAAUUGUUGUGAUAAUUUGUGGGCUACUAGAUGCUGUCGUUAAUUUAUAAUAACACAAUGGGUUAAAUAUUGGAAUGUGCGCGUGUUACAAUAAUAAUCAUAUAAUCAUACUAGUUUACUGUGCGAACGUGAAAUGAUGGUGAUAUUUGUGCGAUUCUAGUGUGAUUUUUCCGAUAACUUUGAGCCGGAGCCGCGUAAAAACCAUAAUGGAUACGAGUAAUGUCGACCGAUAAGAUGCAGUGCAAGUGCGGUCUUUGGUGCACAAUCCUCGUAUUUUUGGCUGUGUCUGCCGUUUCUGCUGCUCAACUAAUCAAAGAUGAUUUGAUGGUGGUGAUUCCUACCAGUAUGCCGGCUGACGACGCGCGAUCCACGACCGACUACCGACGGCAGCGCAACGCAACCACCAGGCCGGUAAUCGGCCAUCUCAGGAGAACGUCGAUGCCGUCACUUCACCGAGGAGGAUCCGGAUCGGUUUCGCUGGACACGCUGCAAGAUGUUGACGAGACGUCGAUGCCCCGGGUUAAAAAGAAGAUCAAACAUAAACAGACGUGGGAUGAACCUGAGGCUCAAGGAUCGGAAGUGCGAAAUGCCACGUCCAAGAGACCGGACCGGAUCAAGACUCGUAGGCGUUUGUUGGUACCGUCAUCGAGUACAGCCAGGACACUUCGGACGGCGGCAGUGUCGACCUUGCUAGAAGACCCGUACUAUGAUUUCGGAAAAAAGAUCAGACACCCGCCGCAGUCACCGUCCCCACAAUCCACGGUAGACGAGCUCGAUGCACCGUCAGACUCGGAAACUAGGACAUCACUUAGGUUGCCAGUGGUCGUUCAGCAAGUGCAAGACGCCACGCCUCGAACCAGAGCGUUACCACCAUCGUAUAACCGCAACCACAGUACUGUGGUAACGACCAGACGACCCGCAGAGAAUUCAUCUGCGGCGGCGAUGCCAGUGGAGUGCCUGUACCCUAGGUUUACCAGACGGAACAACAAAUCGCGAGCUCGGAGGGACGUGCGAUGCUUGCCAGAAUCGGAUGGAAGGACCACGAGGAUAUUGUCAACUGUUGUCACGUCUGUGUCAGUCAGAGAGAGCCCACAGAAGAGAAACGAGUCUACCGCCGAGCUUGGUCAACAUCCCAUUGAGAAUCAUCGCCCAGGCGCCAACAGUGACGGCGACGCCACCGAUGCGUAUAAUCCCGGACCGCUGACAUCUACGGUGAGAUCGGAACCCGCGGUCGCGGUGUCGGCGUACCCGAAAUAUCUUCGGAACCGGUACCGAAACAUAUCGUUGCCUGAAUAUUUGGAGAUCACCAAAAUCAACCAGAGACGAUUGAACGCCACGACUUUGGCCGGAAUCGCGUCUGUAGCGUCUUCCACUGCCUCCACCACCACCGCCUCAACAACGAUCACUUCUACGUUUACGACGGCUUCUGGUCCGUCGUCUUCAGAUCGUCCGGUUGUUGGUACCACUGAAACGUUGGACGCAUCCACUACCGGCGACCGGUCUUCCACUGAUACCUCUCAGCCACCGCCCACCGACUUACAAGACUUCAUCUACUUGAACAACGGCACGUCGGAAGCGCCUGUCUACGAUAUCGCUACAGACGUUGCUGCCACAAUCGCCUCCACCACUUCCAACAUAGUGGACACAGCCGUCGAAGCUCGUCAGAGAAGGCCGCUGCUACAACGCAGUAACGUUACCAGACCGUCAGCUGAACAUGACGUUGGCGUGGUAUAUCCAGAUGGAUUAGCCACUUCCGUGUACUUUUUAACGUUUUUAGCCAUCGUGCCAUUGGUUCUGGUAAUUUUUUUCGCGUUUAAGUUGGCUAUGCGGCGAAAAAAGAAGAAAGUGUUUGACAGUUCGGAAUAUUCGUCUGAGUACAACCGCAGCCCGCUAGACUUCAACACAAUUACUUCGUCACCGAUCACUACAAAACUUCCCAGGGUGCCGCAGCACAUUGUGUGGGACACGGAGAAGACGCCCACCGUCCCGGCACCCAUGAGCAACAGCCGUUGGGAGUUUCCCCGGGAAAAGUUGCGGCUCCAGACUAUAUUGGGUCAAGGUAAUUUUGGUCAAGUGUGGAAGGCUGAGGCGGACGACAUUAGCGGACACGAGGGUCUAACCAGGCUUGUCGCCGUGAAAAUGGUCAAGGAGGACGCAGCGUCCCGGGAGAGAGAAGAUCUGAUCAGAGAGCUGAGUAUUAUGCAACAUCUCGGGUCGCAUCCGAACGUCGUCACGUUGCUGGGAUGCUGUACGGAGAAAGAACCGUAUUUACUGAUCAUGGAGUACGUUAUGUACGGUAAACUGUUGGCGUUCCUCAGAGAUCGACGGACACGAUCCCAUUAUUUUAAUUUUAGUGACUCUACUGCUUCGCUCACGUCUAGAGAUUUAACAAUGUUCGCCUAUUGUGUAGCACGAGGAAUGGAUUUUCUGGUCUCAAAAAAAAUAGUACACAGGGACUUGGCCGCAAGAAAUGUCUUGGUUGACCAUAAUAAAUUAUGCAAAAUAGCUGAUUUCGGAAUGUCUCGCAAUGUCCGCGAUACUAACCAAAUUUACGAGCAAAGGCAUACAAAGGGUGCUUUGCCUAUCCGUUGGAUGGCUCCGGAAUCGUUGCACUAUAGUAUAUUCACAUACAAGACUGAUGUAUGGAGUUUUGGUGUACUGAUGUGGGAAAUCGUCACUCUAGGUUCAACUCCUUACUGCACGAUGGGUGCACGUGAAGUAAUGAGACGCGUGCGCGAAGGCUACAGACUUGACAAACCGGCACAUUGUCGAUCCGAAUUAUUCAGGGUGAUUACCAAGUGUUGGGCGGCCGACCCAUCAAAGCGACCCACGUUCGCUGAGCUGAAACAAGAGCUAGGUGCGCUACUGGAAAAUCCAGAAUUCGAGGGCAGCUACGUAGAUCUGGAAAGCCUCGUCGAUGAGUCAGACAGCAACGCAAAGGACAGACAAUAAUAAUAUUUUACGUACUUAAGCAUUGUGUACCCACAUCAAUAUGCAGGCCGAAGUGAUCUUCUUAGGUGGAACGUUUUUAUCGAUUUCUUCGCAAAAAAAUCACAAAAAAAUUACAUAACUUUUUUUAUUUGUUUUAUGUUUUAACAGUUUUUAUUAAAUUCCUCAU